ACCUCACUGUGAACUCUGACAAGAAAGGUAACGUAAACAUGACCUGGGUGUCUGGGUUUAAUGAAGGUCUGGACCAGUUCUUCGUCAUAUCUAGGAAAAAUGGUCAAGAAUGGGAAUAUGUUGGAAACUUAUCAGAUCUUGGAGAAGGAAGUGUAAUGUAUUUUGAGGCCAUAACUUUGACCCCAGGCCAAAAUACAUAUUUUCGCUUGGAAACUUGUAAUACGUUUGUUUGUACCAUACAAUAUGCUGAGCCGGAUGCAAACCUCAAAGACCGACCAUCGAAUCCAAACAUAACAGGAGGCCUUAACGUUGAGGUCAAUAGAUACAUAACAUUGACCUGUUCCAGCAACUCAACUUCAGCCCCUGACUACAUUUCAGAGCUCGUCACCUUGUCUUACACAUGGUUUGUCAACAAUACGAAGAUAAAUGAAGAAACAAGAGAGAACCUGAUACUAUAUGUUACUAGGGAACUCAAAUACAACAGGUACUCGUGCACAGCGACAGAAGAUGGUCUGGAGUCUGAUAGGAACGUCCCAGUAAAGAUCAGCCCUCUGUACGGACCGGACAGAUUAACCAUUACUCCAGAACCUUUACUGAACAUCAAUGGCAAAUUAACGGUAAUGAAAUGGGAGACUAUUGGCCCCUUUGUUUGUACAGCGGAUUGCAAUCCACCGUGUAAUAUAACAUGGAAAAUAAAAACAUCCGAUGGAUUCAGCGAUGGUCGUUCAAUGAUGGGGACAUUUUUAAAACAAGCAGUUCAGAAAAACAUGUUAUUAUUCCGCUGCAUAGCACAUCGGGGGGAAAGUACAUUAAAAAGGGGUUUUCAACUUGAUAUCAAAGACAUUCCGCAAACACCCUUAAACUUCACUGGCUAUUCCUUCACAAAUAGAUACAUCAAUCUUACUUGGAUUUCUGGAUUCAAUGGGGGCUACGAUCAAUUCUUUAUUCUGUAUCUGAACGAGGGCUCAACGUGGACAGAAGAAAGAAAUUUAACAGACCCUGGUGAAGGCAGAGAGGUACAAUUUGAUCAUGGGCCAUUGACCCCUGGAAGUGAAUACUGGUUCCGGUUGCAAAGUUGUAAUAAAAUUAAUUGUUCGUCAACCCCUGAUGAUGUAAGGGCAGUUGUUAAAGGUGAAUCAUGCGCAUCCCUUAGAGAAAAACAGGACGGAACCAAACCCACUGAUGCAAUCGUUGUAAUCUGCAUUCUUUCAACUCUUUUCGGGAUUACAUGUCUAGUAGUGGCAGUAAUUGUAAUCUGUAAAACUCGCUAUGGUAAUAAAAAUCAAAAGGAUACAAACGGCGACCAGACGAUUCAGUUAGAGGAGAAACUCAUGACGGAGCACUACGAGAAUGCACAAGGUACCGGAACAUGUGGUGACGUCACAGUGCAAGGUGAUGUCCGAGUACAAAGCACUGACGUAGACUGCGACUACACAACACUGGAGCGUCCUGACCAUGAAACUGUCUAUGAGGAGUUAAAGUCAAUUUAAAAAUGCUAAACGUUUGAUCGAUGCAUGAUAUGUAAUCACAUGUCAUUCAUUCGAAAAUGAAUGAGUUACUCUUUCAUCGUUUGUUAACUACUGAUAUUAUAUCGUCUGACUAAGAUUUUCAAUGCAAUAUGUUUCAAUUUUUAUUAACAUUUUAUUGUUGAAAAUUUUCCUUCCGUUACACCAAUGACCUCGGAUAUAAUUAUGAGAGUCGUCCACAUUGAAAUAUAAGAAAUAGUUUUUUAUAUAUGAAUAUAUAUAGUAACUUACUGGACAUUAUACUGAAACCUCUUUGUGAAUUAUAACCUAGUAAUGUCAGAGAUGAUAUGGAUUUUCUGAACUAUAUUCCUGAAAGUGUUGAUCCUAAAACAAUUCUCGUCAGCCUCGAUGUUAUUAGUCUUUAUACUAACAUCCCACAUACAUUAGGACUAGAGGCCAUAUAUUUCUGGAUAGAAAGACAUCCGAAAAAUCUAAACGCCAGGUUCUCUAAAGAAUUCAUACUUGCAGAACUAAAAUUAGUUCUGGAGAAUAACCUCUUACACGUUGACGGGAUAUUCUUGUUGCAAACAAAAGGUACCGCUACGGGGACUAAAGUUGCGCCCACAUAUGCUACGUUAGUAAUGGGGUUUUUAGAGAAUACACUUUUUAAAAGAACAUCAGAAUUGUUUC